AACAGAACAUAGUUAGUGCAACGAAUGUGAUUUAAUUUGAAGAAAAUUUAGCAUUACAGUCGUGAAAUUUACUCAGCGGCAAUGCUAAACAUGUUCUGUUGCCUAAAAGGCUGCCUUAAUGGGUUCACUUUGACGCCUACUGUACCCAUGCGGGUGAAAGAGAAUCCUGUGCAGCUUGAUACUUUACACAUGGGUCAUGAGGUGGUAGUGGUAAAAGGUGGCCAACGAGUGUGUGGUUCGGGGUGCGUCCUAGGCAAUGCUCCUUUGGUGCAAAACAAGGCUUAUUUUGAGGUGAAAUUGCAACAGGGAGGUGUGUGGGCAGUUGGACUUGCUACUAGGGAGACAGACUUGCAGAGGGUUCACGGAGGAGUAGACAAAGAGUCAUGGUGUUUAAAUAGCGACGGUACCGUGCGGCAUGCAAACGAAGAGCUCUACCACCUUAAACCUGCACCUCGCGAAUCCCCCACGGCCGAUCUUCUCGUCUCCACCUCCCCCAGCCACAGUGACAAUGAAAAGCCUGAGAGUGAAAAGGACGACAAUAUAUCAACAGCGGUCAUGCCAGUCGAAGGCGAUAUCAUAGGAAUUGCAUAUGAUCACAUUGAUCUCAACUUCUUUUUGAAUGGCAAGAACAUGGAGAUACCUGUUAGGAAUGUUAGGGGGACUGUUUACCCUGCGCUUUAUGUGGACGACGGCGCGAUCCUAGACAUAAUUCUAGACAACUUCCUGUACCCGCCACCGUCAGGGUACGAGAAAAUCAUGGUUGAGCAGUCACUUCUCUAACAAGAAGUUCAGGAUCUCAUUGGGAAACGCGAAACUUGCUUGGACACUCAGGUGUAAAUAUAGAUAAAUAUGUAUAUAUAUGCUGGAGUGUGUGACCAGAACACAAACAGACCAGAUCAUUGUCUUUGUUGCGGCUUUUUAUCGAGACAGGAGGAUUGGUUUAUUGGUACUUGAUGUCACAGGAAUGUACCUAAACAGGUAAUAAGGCUGAACUCAUCACUCAUCAAAACAUGAAGACAGAAUGUGUGGCUCCAUUCUAUUUGUCAGUGCAUUGUGUAUGUCAAGCUUUUUUUUAAGAUUUAACAACUGAUAUAAGUUUUCAAGGGUUGACGAGAAAAAGUGCGCUAGAAGUUCUUUAACGACUCUUGUAUUUGUGUGUAUUUAUAGUAUGUUGUCUUGAAAAGUAUUCUUUGUAUAUGUUGUAAGAAAAUCAUUUCCGUAUCAUAUUUUUAUCUGAAAAGUGGUAUGAAAUACGCAGAAAAAUUCUAUUUUUAAGCAGACUAUUGUGGCAUUUUAAAAUCAAACACCUGAUAAAUAUUUUGAUGUUCAUAGUUAGACUUCAUUGAAGAUAAUUUAUUUUACAGGGUGUAAUGCCCUAAAGGGUGACUAAAAUUCGCACUUUAAGAAUUCCAAAUAAUUUUAUUCCUUGCUGUUUAUCAACAGUAAAUAUCAACAUUUUUUUUAAUUUGUAUAUAUUACGGUCUUAUCUAAUAUUGAGUUUAUUGAAUAUCACGAUGUUUUACUACCAUGAUAUUCAAUUAUUUUAUGACCAAAAACAAAACUCUUUAAGAAGCACAUAGAAAAAUUAGUAAGGUCUGCUAGUUCGUUCCGUAGCUCAGUUGGGAGAGCGUCAGUCACGGAAUGGCGAGGUCGGUGUUUCCAGUCCAGCUGGACCGAAGGAAUUUUUCUGUGUUUCGAUCCUUGUAUUAAUAAUAAUGAUCUUAUUUAAUUACCUAGCUUUAUAAUGAAAUUGUAUAAAUAUGUGUAGUUAUACCGUGUCUAUCGGUGUCUAUAACGUGUGAUAUAUUAAAGGUGUUACAAUCCACUGCCUGGUGCAGGCGGUGCUAUAUCAAAAUAUCGAAUAUUGUCUCUCUUAAUAAGUGGGUCUACUUUGAAGUUCUUAAAUAGCUGUAAAGCAAUUCAGUAUCGGAACAAUUUUUAACGUUCUUAUUUCCAAAAGAAAUAGAAUACUGUUUACUAUACAAAAUCGCGAAGUAGGGCCUAAAAGUAACGUUAACCGUUUUAUCAUAUAUUUAUUUAAGAUUAGAGUUAUUAGCUCCCCAAUCUUAGUACAAGUCGAAAACCAGUAGAGAUACGAAAUUUUUCGAAAAACAGUUUAUCGGACUGAUUGAUGUCUAUCGAAAAACUUCGAGCCGUCUCAAUGGGAAGAUUUGGCAGCACUGCGCCUUGAAUGGCAGGGGAUUGUGAAGAGGCAAGUCCACGAGCUCGAAGAGCGGCGUAUAGCUGAACUCAUCGCGAAACGCGACGAAAUAAAGACCCGCCCACCUUCCGCUAUUAACUAUAAUUACAUUGGCGGUGUACUCACGUGCCUUCAAUGUGCACGAGGGUUCGCCGCGACGAUUGGCUACUUUAGUCAUCUUCGAGCACAUCAGCGCCAACUCGAUUAGGAGUCGAAGUGGUUGCUUUGACCAAACACGAUCGCAUAGAUAGAUAGAUCGAAAAAGAACUUGUCAACCAAUUUACAGCGUGUACGGAUUAUAUUUAUCCAAUUAAAUAGGAAAUAAAUGUUAUCAGGUUUUCUAUGACCGCUAAUUUCAGCACUAUUAUAAAUUUAAUUAAAUUUAUUUUAUUGUUUAUAACGUAUUUGUUACGUUAUUGACUCGACUACAGUGUGAGAGAGUUAUUAAGGUGUGUAAUAAUAAUAAAUAAUCAAAAUACUUUAUCAAUUGUACAUGUAUAGCUAUGAUGGCUUGGUCUAUAUAGCUACGUAAGAUGUUCCUUGCAAAGCUAACGAGUGCUCUGAGGUUUAACGUUCAUUUACUUUCGUAAUUCGAGGUUCUCGGAGGAGGUCCCGAAUUCAAUUCCCGGACCAAUUUGGGAAAUGAACUUUUGUAAAUUGGUUCUGGUGUGUGUGGCCUGGAGUAAAUUUCGUUCUCUGGUGCUCGUAGUACAGAGAAUUCUCUAGUUUGAGACCAGGGGCCUUCUCAUGAACUCUUAUUUCGAUUCAGUUUAGGACCUAAAAUGAAUCGUUCUGAGACAGCGCUACAUGAAGUGUAUAUCACCAUCCCACUUUGUUGUUGUUGCGAACCUAUACUGAACUGUAAUAAGAGUUCAUGGUAAGGCACCUGUUCAUUGGUGUGGUGAUUCGGCACAAUAUUGUUAUUAUUAUUUAAUUAAAAGGGAUAACAUACACACAAUUUUAGUUGUUAAACAUUUUGCAAGUACAAUUAAGUAAUAUACAACGAUACAAAACAUAUAUUAUUGGAUUUGAUUAGAGCAAACUAUACGGUGUUUAUGACUUGAUCAGAACGGGGGCCGCCAUCUUGCGUCUCGAGGCGCCGGAAGCGCGGAGGCGAUGGCAACCGGAAGUGGUGGCAUAAACUGAGCUGUUAAAAUUUUUCGCGAAUUUGAAUGUUGGUUAAAGUAAUAUACAAGUAUGUAUAUAAAUCACACACAAGGAAACAAUCUUUUAGAUUGAUAGUCUAGAAGUUCUAGAAAGUACGAUCGGAGUUAUCAUUACUCUGGUACUGGUACGCAUAAUACAGAAAAUUCCCCAGUUCGAUCCGCCUCGACGGACGAUAUAGUGGGAACUAGAGUCCUAUCACGUACAAGGGGUAUCUAUCCGAUGAAUAAAACUAGCGGACUGCAUUACAUUCAUAUGUAUUAAUUUAUAGAUUCUUGCAUGCAUAAAUCGUUCAGUCGUCUCCAAUCUCAGCGCCCGAUGCGCGCGCGCCGCGAGACGCGUCAUUCGCGUCAUCCCCCCAGCACCCCGCAAUCCCAUUUCCGGCUCUGGAGGUGGGUUUAUUGAUUCCGCGCUUGAUCAAUGGUGCAAUAGAUCCGGUAUAAGGAAUUUAAGUGGUAUUUAAAGAUUUCUUAGUACAACAUUUUUAUACAAAUUUUUUUUACAAAAUUCCGCACUGUUAGGUCGUAAAUGUAUAUGGACACAAUUGUACUCAAGAUAUGUAUGUACAGUGGGGCCAAAAAUGAGUUAACAAACAAAUAGGAUGCCGUUAUCGUAUGAAAGGUAUUUGUACCGAGAGAUUUCUGCACUUAGCGAGUACUCGUUAGUUUGACUGUAACCUUUAAUAAUUAUGUUAGAUAGAUUUGUCUAUAUAUAAAGUGAAAUAAAUAUUUUUGUAUGAAUGUAUUACAAGGUAAUUUGUCAUAUUGUAAAACUCAACUUGCAUACUAAUUAUCAUGUUUUUUCUGAGUUAUGAUGCUUAUCAUUGUAUUGUGAUUCGGCCAUCGGAAGAAAGAAAGGCACAAUCAGCAAAUUCAAAAUUCGUAGAUAAACGAGUUUAAAUUUUCCGGGUUUUUCUGAUAAAAAGAAUAGUUAAAAUAGACUUUUGAUAU